UGUCUGUGAAACAGUUGGUAUUGAAGCGGAGGUUGUAUUAGUACCUGUGAUUAUUGGUGGUAGUGAAGGACGAUCGAUCCGUGCAUCUGGGAGCAAUUGAUUGCUAUGUUGCAAGGAUGCCGAAUGGGCCGUGGCGAUUCCGGCAAAGCCAUCCCGAAUCUCCUGUAUUACCGGUGGGACCAAGCUAGCCUUCAUGGCAUCAACAGCAGCUGUGAGGGCUGCCUGAAACCCAACCUGCAUACCCAUGCCCUUGAUCGCCUUGCUACGCGGAUUCCCGAUGGCGUUAGUACACCCAAUGCAACUCCAGUGCAGGGAAGCCAUUCGUUUCACUUCGUCGAUGACCGAUAUAGGCACCUUAGUGCACGCCAGAUGAUGCCGCUGCAGAUGAACGUCGAAGGGGCCACAAAUAAAAGCCAAAUAUAUCGCGAACACGGUGGUUUUCGUCAGGAACACGAUGGCAGGGUCACGAGACUACACUUAUGGACACACUAAAACUUGUGUUGAUUAUAGCAA